GCUGAUCGAAUGCAUAUACGGUCAUACCCACACCUACAACAUGUUAGGAAUGUCAAAUUGUUAUAUUUGUUUCGUAAACUAAACUGAACAACUUAAUAAAUCACCAAUAAACUGUGUUUAAAAGCCUUUAUCACGCCUUAUAUACUGAUCCGCACGCUUAGUCCACAUAAUGGCAACCUCAGUGCUACUAGCCUGCGGACUCAAUGAGCAAAAAUUACCCGGAUUUGUGCACAUCAGCGAGGAGUCCAAUGUAGAUGGCAGCUUCCUGAUCAGCUGUAUCCUGGGUCAGAGGUUGCGCAUCUCCAACGCCGGAACGUUGCUUGUCUGCCUGCAGCAUCACUAUCAGCACUAUUUUAAUGCUGGGAUGCGAUUGGGUUACAACACGAACAUCUUCCAGGGUAAAACUUUGGGAGUUAUCGAUGUCCUGAGCGACAUGGCUGGCCAAGGACUUGCCUCCAAGUGGCUGCGUCACCCGGAAGGUCAGAACUUAACCGAGCAACUGAUGGAGGACAUUCGAUCACAGGUGGAGACCAACUACGCCAGCCGGAACAGCUAUACGGUGCUGAUUGACAAUCUGUCCAUCCUGUUCAACCUGGGUGCCACAAAGCUGCAGGUGCAACAAUUCUGUCAGGAUCUGGCCGCCCUGUCCAAGGAGCGGGAAAAUCUAACAGUCAUCACCAAGCUUAGCAACAGUGACAUCUACCAGCUGACGGAUAACAAUGUGGCGAAACUCGGUCAGGUGCGAAUUCAGGUUCUGCGGCUCAAGAGCGGAGUGUUCCGCGAGGUUGACGGUAAGCUGCUGAUCGAGCGAGUCCUGGAGGAGGGAAAGUUUGCCUGCGAAGAGACACGCAAGGAGGUACUCUAUAAGGUCAAUGAUCGCAACGUCAAGGUCUUUACACCUGGCGAAAUCGGGGUCAAGGUCUAGAAGAGGCCACAGCAUGAAUAAUUGUAUGAAUUUUAAUAAAGCCAUUUUUUUGUAUAUUCUGAA